ACUUAGUAUACUUAGCACUUAGCUGAGGACUAUCUUUCUGACAAAAACACCAACAAAUUGACAAGAUCAUAUAACAUUUCUAGCUUAGUAAAAAGACAUUCGAGUUUUCUAAAAACUAAAUUUCACACCCGUCAAAAUGGUCGAGAUCAGCCCCGCGUUCAAGAAGGCCCAGGAGGACUCCAAGAAGCUCACCUCCAAGCCUAGCAACGAAGACCUGCUCGAGCUCUACGGUCUCUUCAAGGUUGGCAAUGCCGAGGACUUCAGCAAGGCCGAGAAGCCCGGUGUCUUUGACUUGAAGAACAAGUACAAAUACCAAGCCUGGCAGAAACUCGUCGACGAGGGCGUCACCCCCGAGGAUGCACAAGAGCGCUACGUCAAGAAAGUCGAGGAGCUGAAGAAGACGUACGGCUUUGACGAGAGCAAGGUCCCCGAGGCCGUUGGAAGCUCUUAGAUAUAUCGUGGAUAUAAUUAAGACGGCAAGAGCAACAGCCGUCAUAAUACGUUGCUCAUUUUUCUUUUUUCAGCCAAUCGAUUAGUCAUGUUCCGGGGAAGACGGUACGCUUGUGUCGCAAAGAAAGAGUAGGGUCCUCGUGCUUGCGGGUACGGAUGGCGAAAGACUAUAGAAUCGUCAUAGCAAUGCUAGAUUAAUCCGUUAAUCUAUAAAUACACGUGAAUUCACCAAUAAA